UAUAUGAUGGCGCCAUUCAAGUUUGCCCGUGUGGGCAACGGAUUCGUGCAUGCACGCACGCGCAUGUGGAUCAAGCCCUGUCCUACAAAAUCGCAGCAAUGCAGAUGGUGGGUGCAUGCAUCGGGCCAUGAGCACAUGGAUGGGCACACGCAGUUUUAUAUACUGGGUGAGGUCUGGAGCUUCUUCAGCCGCUCUUGACCAUAGCAUGUUCGGGAUGAAUGGAGAUCCCACGACCAAAAAGUGGUUGAAGAACACUCACCGGAACCCGCUCUACAAAGCAAUGGAGAAGAUGAAAGAAGAAAUGAUGUUGCUUGGCUUCAUAUCUCUGCUCCUGGCAGCGACGUCGAGGAUCAUCUCCGGUAUCUGCAUCGAUUCCAAGUACUACAACAGCAAGUUCUCCCCAUGCACCAAAGAAGAGGUCGAAGAGUCAUUGAGCGCCGAGCAUGCCCUGAUUCGCAAGCGCAACCACAUAGUCGAUGCCAUUCUGCACCAUUCUUUCAGGAGGAACCUUAAAGCGCAGUACCAUCAUGUUCAGACUUGCCCUAAGGGCUACGAGUCGUUUGUUUCGCAUGAAGGUUUGGAGCAGCUGCAUCGCUUCAUAUUUGUCAUGGCAGUAACCCAUGUGACGUACAGUUGCUUGACGAUGUUGCUAGCUAUACUCAAGGUCCAUACAUGGAGAAAAUGGGAAGAUGAAGCAUUUAGGGAUAAUCACGAAUCUUUUUCCCAGAUUGCCUAUGUAUCAGCAACUAGAAGGCAACCACCAGCACUUACCAAAUCAUAUUCGUUCCGUUUUUGGAGUCAAAAUAAUGCGGUGAUGUGGGUGUUUUGCUUCCUCGCGCAAUUUGGACAAUCUGUUGUCCGAGCUGACUACCUUAUCCUCCGCAAGGGUUUCAUUAUGAACCACAAUCUUCCACCAACAUACGACUUCCACAAUUAUAUGAUACGCUCAAUGGAAGAGGAGUUUGAGAAGAUUGUUGGAGUGAGUGGAGUACUGUGGGGCUUUGUUGUUGCUUUCAUGUUAUUUAAUAUUGACGGAUCUAACCUGUACUUUUGGAUAGCCAUCCUCCCUGUUGCUCUUGUUCUUCUAGUCGGUGCAAAGCUGCAGCAUGUCAUAGCGACUUUAACAUCAGAGGGUGCAAGGCUGACUUCAUAUGGACCAAGGAUAAAGCCCCGUGACGAUCUCUUUUGGUUCAAGAAACCAAAGUUUCUCCUGUGGCUGAUUCAUUUUGUUCUCUUCCAGAAUGCAUUUGAGCUGGCUUCUUUCUUCUGGUUUUGGUGGCAAUUUGGUUAUGAUUCAUGCUUCAUCAAAAACCACCUACUGGUUUACUGCCGCCUUGUGUUGGGGUUUGCUGGACAGUUCCUCUGCAGUUACAGUACAUUGCCUGUUUAUGCCCUUGUCACGCAGAUGGGAUCAAAGUACAAAGCUGCCCUGAUACCAAACAGGAUCAGAGAAACAAUGCAUGGGUGGGGGAAGGCCGCGAGGAAGAGGAGGAAGAAGCGACGCGGUGACGACUCCACCAUCCGCACGGAGACCAGCACCGUGUGCUCCCUCGACUAUGAUGAUGAAGACGACGACGACCAUGGUCAUUCUGAUGACGCCACGCCACCCAGGCUGCCGCCGUACAUGAAGAUCGAGCUUCGGCCAAUGCGGGGUGGUGGCGGCGGUAUUCCAAGGCCUGGCACACCGACCCACCAUAUUCCGAUCGGCAUGCUGCCCGGUAGCAGCUCGACCCCGCACGGAAGCUCCCAACACGCUCUUCUCCAGCGCCAGUCCUCGGCCUCAGCCUCCGCGCCAUCAUCACCGCCACGGAGCAGCCAUGGCCGCGGUGUAACGAGGUCGGCGUCAAUGCCCGGGAUAGCUACGCUGGUGACGACAAGUGGCGCUGGCACUCCUGCUCGGUUGAGCGACGCCCAUGCUUAGAACUGUACUGGACGUUGUGUCACUACCAUAGGAUGAUGAUGACUAAUGAUUGCAAUGCUAGGACCAUAGAUGAGAGAAAUAUAUACUUAAUUUUGUAUCCAUAGUACAAUGGUGUAUAACAUGAUCGAUUAUACUAGUGCACAUGUUUGAGGAUC